CUAGCAGUGUGAGGCUAAGAGUAAUGUUAGCAGCUCUUAGCUAGUCUGUUGUCAUUUUAGAACGGAGCUGUCGAAGCUGUUCUGAUCAGAUUAAACGUUCGAAAAAGCGAGUUUUAUUUUUUUGCAGGGUCAACGCUGACCCGUUCAUUUGCAGGUUAAAUUACCUGCAAGGUUAGCCUCACCAACCAUUGCUGCCAUUUGAAGCAUUCCAGUCAUAUGCCCUUCAGUCACCGAGUUUAUUAGGAGUCACUGGUUAAAGGUGAAACUGGUUUAUCAUCUACCCAAACUGGUCUCUAGAAUCAGAUAUACUCUGGCACAAGAGCGACACAUAUGCAUUCUGGUCACUGUGGCAAUUGAUUUCAGGGUGUUGCUUAGAAAUUACAGAAUCAUGUUAAACCUAUUCAUAUUUUGCCACGCUACAGCUACAAACGUUCAUGUUUGUAUUUUUAACAAAUCUGCAAAGUGUGGCAUUUGUAUUCAGUCCUCUUUACUUUGAUGCCACCAAAUAAAAUCUAGUUCCAUCAAUUCACUUCAGAAGUCAGCUAAUUAACGAAUGGAGUUCAUUAAGCUAAGGGGGUCAGGGAUAGGAGUAUGGCAAAACUACAAAUCCACCUAAACUAAAGGGCUGGGCAUGGACAGCGUUAAUCAGAGAAGAAGCCAAGAGACCCAUGGUAACUCAGGAGGAGCUGCAGAGAUUCACUGAUCGGCUGUGCCAUGGCAAACAUUCAGAUUAGAAAGUACCGGGAUGAAGACGCUGAGAUCGUCAAGGAGAUCUUCACCUUGGGGAUGAGUGAACAUGUGCCUUCAUCCUUUACUCACAUUCUGAAACAGCCGCUGACACAGAUGCUGCUCAUGUGCACCUUCUGCGCUCUCAUUACCAGCUCCAAGUCCUUCCUGCUGCCCGUCUUGGCUGUCACCCUCCUCCUGGCCGGCUUCCGGCAGAUGGUCAUCUACAUGUUCAACAAAUACAUAGAGACCUCCCUCAGUAAGGACCUCAACAACAUCAGUGAGACCUACCUGCAGCAGAAGGAUUCGUGUUUCUGGGUGGCGGAAAGUGAAGGUCGGGUGGUUGGGACAGUGGGGUGUCUUCCCGCUGAGAGUGCACCUGAGUUUAUGGAGCUGAAGCGCAUGUCUGUGCGCCGCAGUCACCGGGGGAUGGGCAUCGCCAAGGCUCUGUGUCGGAUAGUAGCAGAUUUCACUCGAGAGAGAGGUUUUCCUGCCGUCAUCCUGUACACCUCUGUGGUGCAGACUGAUGCUCAGAAACUGUAUGAACACAUGGGUUACACAAAGACAAGAGAGUUUGUUGUUCCUGAGUUAGCAGCUAAAAUCCUGAACUUUACGCUGUUUGAGUACAGACUGGAUUUACAGCAGAAUAAAGAAAGAGACUGAACCUAAACUGGACCUAAAUGUAUAACAUUUUAGGCUGACGGCACCAUUCAGUUAUUCUCAUGCUUUCCAACAUAGCUGUGCUGCCAUGGGACAGAGAUCAGUAAAUCAAUAUUGAUCUUUAUUGGAACAUUUUGUUAUAACACUAUUGUAGUAAAUAAAACAUAUAAGAGGUGGUUAAAGGUUGUAUGUUGACUGACUUUAAUGAAAAGUAUUUUUUUAUUUAUUCCCCUAAAUACUUAAUUUUUCUAAACCAUUUCAGCCAAAGUAGGCUCUGCUCUCAUUAAUCAUUCAUUAAACCUUGGUGUACCCAUGUGUUAAACAUCUUAUGUACUUUAUUCCUCGUGUAAAUUAAAGAGGUUGGUUUUGUUCCCAUGAUCCGGUAUAUUUCACUAAUCAGCAGAUGUCCUACCCCAGGACUGCCUGCAGUCAUGUUACUGUAACUCACAACAGUUUUAGAAAUAAGGAACAGCGUGUUGGUUAUCUGUGCAUGCUGCCAUUAAUGGGGUAUCAAAUGAAUGAAUGCUUGGGUGAUUAUUAAAGGUAAUUUUAAAUCAAA